GACACAACCGCGUUAUAUUGAUCCUAUUCAAAAUGACAUAACCAUUACAUUCAAACAUAUCUCUUCAUCGUAUAUGACCAAAAAAUAGACCUCAUGUUUUUUAGAUGCAUCUUUAGGCCAAUUGGUUUUGAAAGCAUAUCCGAUAAGCGAUUCAUUUCAUUUAUUACAUGCGCCCUCUCUCGUUCAACUACACCGCGAAAUGUGAAAAUGGCGACCAAAUGCAAAGUGGAAGUUGUGAAAGUUACACAUGAUCAGCUAAAAAGAAGGGUGGAAACUUCGAAGAAAGGAGCUGGUCAUGAUGAUCAAACAGGGAAGACUAAAUCACAGCUUGGUGCAGAGAAGGAAGAGAAGCAACCCACCAAAUCACGUCCUACAAAGGCACGCAAGGAAAAAGAACAGCGAAAACCAGAUCAACAGUUAUAUAGGCCGGGCAAGUCUCGGAUAGCCAGGAACUCUUCGUCUGCAGGAAGUGACUUGAAUUCCAGCAGAGAUGAAUCCCCGACCAAACCCGUCCAGGCUUCUGCCAAUUCAAGGGAGGUCGGAUCCAAAGGAGAUCAGGUCUCUUGUGUCCAAGAGGAGAGUAAAUCCAAAGAGCUUCCCCAACAGAAAGAGGCUGAGCAUGAGGCUGUACAAAGUAAGAACCAAGGGCAACAGAGAUCAGAGGCAGAGAAACCACAAAGAAGAGGAGAUCGAAGUGGAAGCAGGCAUGACAGAUUGGACAGAAGAGCUGAGAGUGGAAGCAACCAUGCAAAAUCUGGAUCAAGACCAAGGGAAAAUCAGGAACCUUCGCGCCAGAGAGAACAACGAGACAGACCUGUUAAACAGGAGCUAUCAAAGAUGCAUAAGACUGGGAAGACACUAUCAGUAGAUAAUGAGCAUGGGCAUGAAGACACAUGGGAAAUCAAACCAGAGGACUGGGAAACAGACAUUGCAUGUACAUCCCCAGAAGUUCAAGUAGAUGAAAAAGUAAUUGAGACUAAAAACCCACCUAAACAUGUUCAGAGUCGGAAUAGCAGAGAAAGCCCCCCAAAGCAUGUGCAAGGUCCGAGUAGGAAUGAAAGCCCACAGAAACAUGUGCAGAGUCUGAAUAGCAGAGAAAGCCCCCCAAAACGUGUGCAAGGUCCAAGUAGGAAUGAAAGCCCACCGAAACAUGUGCAUGGUCGCAAUGGCAAAGGAAGACGUGGUGAUGACAUAGAAUAUCAAGGGAGAAAGCAGGAGAUCCAUAAUGACUCUAAAUUAUCAGAAAAUACAUCCCAGGAAGUGGUGAGCCUGAUGGGUAGUGAUUGGGAUAAAGAGUUUGAGCAUCAGUACCAAGCUCAACAUUCACCUAAAAAGUCUGCCGACACCCAUCACAGGGAUAGUAUAAAACAAAAUGAGACAGGAGAACGACUUCCACAGAGCAAAAGUAAUCAGACAUGCGGGCAAACUAAUACCAGACAAGAUCAUGGAGCAAGAACAACGAGCAGCAAAAAGGGUCACUCAAAAACAGAGUUGGACACAUCACAUAAGGAACCCAAGAAAGAUCUUGUCAAGUCAUCCAGGCAAAAUUAUGCUGUAGAAAUACAGAAGCUAAGAGCCAAGAAAGAAAAGAUGGAAAGAGAGAGUUCAAGUCAGGAAGAAUUUGAUACAGUGUCUAGUUCAAAAGAUCUACGGAUUACAGUCAAGACAGGAUCUGAGGUUAAUGAGAGCUCUCGGGUGGUACAGGAGAAGCCUUCAAAGAGCUACUCCGCUGGUCGCUCCCGGCAGAGGAUGGACAUUGACAAUUCUUUAAGGAGUGAGAAAACUGAUAUGGGUCAUGCUUUGACAAUGCCUGGUGAGUGGGAGGAAAAUGUUGAUGAUCUCAACUUCCAUGUAGAAUCUAUGGUCAUCACUAAUCGUAAGUUUCAAAAGAAAGAGUUUGGUGAAAGCGGAAGAUUUGAGAGACAGCAUGAAGAAAGGAGACCACCAAAAAGAGAUGAAAGGUUUCAAAACAGAGAUCAUGAUGACAGAGGCUUUGAGAGGCAACAUGAUGACAGGAGGAGACCUCCAAAUAGAGAUGAAAAGCAACCUAUGCAACAUGAUCAUGCUUCAAACAGAUCCCAUUCAAGCAGCUCUAAUAAUGAACGAAAGGACCAAAGAAAUGAAAGGCAGUAUAGAGAUCAUGAUGAUGAGCUGUAUAUGUCAGGAAAUGAAAGACGAUUUAAAGAUAAAGAAGAAUCUUACAGACAGGGAAAUGAAAGACAGUUAGGGGAUACAGAAGGAUACCAUAAAUCAGGAAAUGACAGACGGUACAGGGAUACUGAAGAUUCCCAUAGAUCAGGAAAUGGACGACCUGAAGACAGAAGAAAUGCUCCGGAUAAGAGAUUUGAUGAAGACAGACAUCAGCGUGGUGGGGAACCAGAAAGACACCAGAGAGAACAAGAUCACCGGACGCGCUAUCACUCUGGAGGGAGAAAGGAUACGACGAGAAGACGUGAUAGGGUAUCGGUGUCGAGCGAUGAUGGCUCUGAAAGGAAGGGAAGAAGAAGAGGCAGUAGUGAAGCAGAGGAGUCCAGUACUAAGCAUGGAGGGGGUAUCCUGAGGUUGCCUGGGAAGGUAGAACAAGACAAUACCCAGCCUCAUGGCAGUUAUAUUCCUGUGUAUGAUCAGUUCUAUCAGCCUCCUGAAGGACAAGCUGAUACCCCAGUGACUCCUGAAGAACCUAAGGCCAAGCCAAAGGGGCGCACUGGUGAUCAGAGCCGCCUGUGGGACCCAAGCAAGCCUAAUCAAAAGCCUGCUCUGCAGCAACAUCAAAUGAAGCAUGGUGAUCUGCACUUCCAGGACCCUGAGUUGGACAAAAGAGAUUCUAGAGGAGGGGGAACACCACCCGCUGCUCAGCAAGAGAAUUGGAACCCCUACGUUCCAAACUAUCCUCCCGGCUUUGGUGGGAUGAUGCAGCCUCCGUACGGAUACCCAACUCCGCCUCCAGGCUACCAAGUGCCUAAUCCCUCCUCCUGGGCAAGCCAAGCUGAUGCAGCCCAGGUAUACAAGUCAGGGAAUCCUCCCCUUCCCCCGCCGCCUCAUCUGAUGCAGUAUCCACCACCCUACGGAGGACACUCUUACCCACUACCUCCUGGAAUGCCCUAUCACCCAGGAUACAUCAAUCCACCUAAUGCUGCCGUGCUACAGGAGCACCAAUCUGUAAACCACCAAUCAGCGCAGAAGCUCCUACGAGAUGCUGCUCGGUGUGAAACAGAGCUAUUCAAUGCAUUGAGUCAUGGCAUUUCUACAAGGGAGACUCUGCAACAGCUCCAAGACAAGCAGCAAGAGCUGGAGCAGCUAUACGAGGGCAUCAUUCUGCUAGACCUAGAUCUAUGUAAUCAGUACAAUGUGGAGCAGACCCUGUGGAAGAACAGCUACUACCAGCUCAUCGAAGCACUGAGGAAGGCCAUCCAGGAACAGCCUAAUGGAGACAGCUACAAGGAAGAUCUUCUUGAUUUCAUGCAACAUGGCACUGCAUUCUAUGAAGGUCUGCUGAACAAGCUGCAAUCAACCUAUCAAUUCCAGUUAGAAAAUCGUACCGGUUUAGAUCCCCUUCAUGAAGAACCUAGAAGAUCGAUUAAAUUGGCUCUGCUGAGUGCACAGAGAUGCAUGAUAGCACUGGGUGAUAUAGCCAGGUACAAGGAGCAGGCUAACGAGACCAACAACUAUGGGAAAGCAAGGAGCUGGUAUAUGAAAGCACAGCAUCUAGCACCAAGGAAUGGAAGACCAUACAACCAGCUGGCUAUAUUGGCCUUGUAUACGAGGCGUAAGCUUGAUGCAGUCUACUUCUACGUGAGGAGUUUAGCAGCUACCAACCCAUUCGUAACCGCUAGAGAAAGUUUGAUGACCUUGUUUGAGGAGGUCAGAAGGAAGGUUGCACACAAAGAGCAAGAGGAUUUGGAGUUGAGGAAAGAGAUGGAGAGAAGGAGAGAACAGAGGAGAAAGAGAAGGAGGAGACCCUCUCAAGAUGACAACAGAGGAAGGAAGGAAGUCUGGGUCGCUCAUGAUGGGAGGAGGGUAGGAGGAGAGAAGAUGGAAGAGGAAGAGGACGAGGAUGAGAUGGAGAAUCUUGGAGAGAAUCUCUCCCACCUGUCUGCCACUGAGCUCAACAAAAAGUUUGUGCUGAGUUUCUUGAAUGUCCAUGGGAAGCUCUUCACAAAAACGGGGAUGGAGGCCUUCGAGCAUGCAACAGAGCAUCUAUUAAGAGAGUUCAAGGCACUCCUAGACCACUCGCCUUCAGCCAUCUUGAGUACAAGACUCAUUCAACUCAUGGCUAUCAAUAUGUUUGCUGUAGCUAACACAUCCCCUUCAGGUGAAAGUCCUUCCCCAGCUGAGAAUUAUCCUCAACUCCUAGAGCACGCCAUCCUGCUUGGUCUCAACAUGUUUGCCUUAUUAUGCUUGAGAUGCUGUUCACUCUUACAAGAUCAUCUAGAUCAGCAGGGCACUGAUCAGAGCGUGUUGUCUCAGGAUCUACACGAGCUACUACCUGGUGUCAAGGUCUAUGCUGACUGGAUGAUGUGCCAUCCAAAGCUCUGGAACCCUCCUCCUAGCUAUAAUACUACCUCAUACAGUGCAUCGCUUGAUGUUUGGUCUUCGGUAGCACAGUUCUUGAACCUAGUCAAGAGAGUGGCUGUGCCUGAUGUCAAGUUUGCUGUCAACGAUGAAGAAGACAGCCUAGAAGUCUUGUUACCUGAAGAUAUGGCACUGUCGGGUUUUGUGCCGCUCAUGGCCCUCCCUCUACAACCUGUAUUCAUUCAAGCUGAUACUUCCAAGAUCCUUGCCAACGAUCGUGUCCGCCUUGACUCACUGACCAUGUUUGGUGAGUACCUGAGCGGACAGGAGACUCCUCUCAUCAGCUUCUCGGUCAAGAGCGAUUCCUACGUUUCCGUAGCCCCAAGGGCACUACCUCGCAGAGAGACAGAUCACAGCUACCUUCAAGCCAAAGACCUUGAGAGAGGAGAUGACAAUGAUGAUGUCAUUGUGAUGGAGUCCUACGUAGAAGAUGACGUACCUCAUGGAGAUGGAACCAUCAGCAGAUUGAGAGAAAGGAGAGACAGUCUAGAGAAACAACUCAGGGACAGGGAGAUAAGAGGUGCCCAAAUACAGGCCAUCGUUGAGAGUCAUCGGUCGCAACGUCUUCUGGAGAUAGUCAUCAAGCCAUACUUCUUGGUACCAGACACCAACUGCUUCAUAGAUCACCUGCCGGCUAUCCAGAGACUGGUGACAUGUCAGAGGUACCUUGUGGUCAUCCCUCUUGUGGUGAUCAAUGAGCUGGAUGGACUAGCCCGUGGGAGCAGGGAAGGUCAGUACAGUGACCCUCACCAUGCAGUCAAGGUACAGCACGGAGCCAGGUACGCCGUCGAGUAUCUGGAGGAGGAGUUUGCCAACAGGAACCGUUACCUCCGUGCCUUGACCUCGAAGGGAAGCAGCCUGGACAACAUCAGGUUCAGGAGCGAGGAGGCUGAUUGGAGGGGUAACAAUGAUGAUCACAUUCUGCGAUGCUGCAUGCAUUACUGUUCGGAAGAUGCUAGGCAGUAUAUGCCCAAAGAUAAAGAUGCUCCGCUGCAGAUUGACCGAGAGGUGGUUCUCUUGACCAAUGACCGCAACCUGAGGGUCAAGGCCAUCCAGCAGAACGUACCGGUCAGGGACAUCGCCCUGUUCAUCAAAUGGGCCAAGGUCUGAAGGAAGUCUGAUGACAUCAUGGAGAGUGUCUUCUAGGAUGUAGCCGUGUUCCUUCCUUCAGCAGUGCCUUGAACAGAGAGAAUGCUCCGCAGUUGGCUCCUGAGAGGAAAGACUGUGAUCCAUUGGUGAAUACAGUCAUGUAGACUGAGGUAGAUCAAUCAAGCAGCUGGUACAUUAAGACCUCGUUAAUCCAGGAUCGGCACCAAUCUAGAUAUGUGAUUUGGCCUAAAAUGAGAUUGAUGCUAAAAUGAGAUUUACGUUUGAACAUGGCUUCUUUUUGCCAGUAGGGUUCAUGCAUGUCAUAAUGUAUUCAAUCUUUGCUUUGAUUGUUUUUAAAAAACUUUCUGGGAACAAAAUGCAAGUUUGAGUAUUGAGUGAGUUUUGAGCAAGUUUUGGGUGGUAUGUUCUGGUGGCAAUGGACUCUCAGAGACCUUGGGGGUGUUUCACAAAGAUUCUAAGUCGAACUUAACUUUAAGUUGGACUUAAAUAUUAUCGAGAGCCAUUUGU